AUGGCGAUCGUCAUAUUCCUGGUGAAGAUGAAGGUCAGGAAGCCGGCAGUGGUCUACAUGCUGAACCUCGCCGCUGCAGAUGUCCUCCUUGUUAGCGUCCUGCCUUUUUAUAUUGUCUACAGAUUCUCAGGAUCUAACUGGAUCUUCGGAGAAGGAAUGUGUCACUUUGUCAUGGCAGCAUUUUACUGUAACAUGUACUGCUCCGUCCUGCUCAUGACAAGUAUCAGCGUGGACCGUUUCCUGGCCAUAGUCUACCCGGUGCGGUCUCUCCCCUGGCGCACAGUGACCCGAGCCUGGCGGGUGUGUGGUGUCAUCUGGGUCAUCUCAUUGGCCAGCACUGUGCCUCUUCUCAUACAACAACAAACCAUGUUUCAACCUGUGCUAGGUAUCACAAUGUGUCAUGAUUAUCAGCACUUUGGGGCUUAUUAUAUUUUUGGUUUUUUCUACUUCUGCACCGUUUUCUCACUUUAUAAUUUCUUGCCAUUAUUCAUUACAACUUUCUGUUACAUUGGUAUCAUCCGCAGUCUCAGCAGAUCAAAAUUUGAUCGCACACAUAAAAGAUCGCGAGCUAUCCGCCUCUCCGUGGUUGUGCUGAGUGUGUUUCUCCUUUGUUUUGGUCCAGUCAAUGUCAUCUAUUUAAUUUAUUACAAGAAGUUGAAUAAGAAUAAUGAUUUCACUCUAUAUCGUACCUACAUCCUCUCUUCCAGUAUCAGCAGCAUCAACUGUUGUCUGGAUCCUCUUAUCUAUUACUUUGCAUCCUCCCAGAGUCAGAGACACGUCUGCAGCUUGCUGCGCUGGAAGAGAGAUUAUCGCCCCCCAGAGCAGUCACCAAAGAGGACUUAUUAUGCUCAGUUCUUUAAGAAUGGUUGA